UCACCAAAAAACAUGAGCCGUUUUGCCACGAGCAUAGAUUAGUUUCCUCCUCCUUGUGACUCACAGGUGGCCACAUCCAACGCCGCUGCUUCCCUCUUUUUCUUCUCAGUUGUGGAUUUACAGUCAUGCUCCGAGAACAUUGUCACAAACAUGUGCUUAAGAGGCGAUGAGUGACUUUACAAUGCUGGCUCCAUCACAGUCAGUGUGGUAAUUGCUGUUUAUCAUCCUGCCUUCUUUAAAUCAGUUGUCAGGUGUCCUCGUGUUGGACUCGUCUUAAAAUCUUUAUAGUUUAUCAGAGCUAAAGUGAUCAAACAGACCAGAGCCUUGUAUUUGUCAAAGGGAUCAUCAAAUUAUCUUUUAGGGUAAUUACUAUUUGCUCAUUUUGCUGUGAUUUCCCUCCUCUAAGGCAGACAAGGUUAAAUUAGUCAUGCUUUAAAUGACAUUAUACAACAGUUGUGUACAGGGAUUAUUAAACUGCACUGUGGUUGAGAGGAUCAAGGCUUCUUGUCAACCAUGAAUCACAGAGUAAACCCACAUCAACCCGGUUUAUCCACAGUAGUAUUUGCAAAAAAAAAGAGAGAGAGAGAAUGAUCUAAAGUUUUGAUUAAUCCCUAUGUCACUAAAGACAAGAUUAGUCUCUAAAAUAAAAGCCGUGAGUAAAUAUCUCCCUGCUGUUAUUAAUUUUUUUUGUGUUUUUUGCUGUGUGAUUGCCUUUUGUUGACAAGCAGCUGGAGUUCUUAGUUAAACACACUUCAUCUGCUACUAAACCCACUGCAGGAGGCCCUUUGAAAUCCCCAACAUGGGAAGUUUUCUAUGUAAUUAUUUAGAAUUAUUUAGAAUAUCAAUAGGAACAGGAAUGCCGAGUAUCCAGUUUUAAUGGGACAAUAAAGGCGAACCACAAAGGUUUUUUUUUUCUUUCUCUUUUUUUUUUUUUUUUUUUUAAUGGCAGCAGGGAUGUGUGCUGGUUUUACUGUUGCCAGCUCUGAAGCGCUCGUAAACACAUUCACACCUCCCUUUCAUUUAAAUGCGGGAUAAGUUAUAGCACAUUAUUGAAAAAAAAAAAAAAAAGAAAGAAAAAACGAGGUUGGAACAACAUGCAUUUGAAUACCGUCUGGGAAAGUCAAGGCGAAUCCACAAACGAGAAAAAGAAUAAAUAAAAGACACAGAGGCAGUUUCUGUUGGAGCUGGUAGUAGCUGUUGCAACACAGCAACUCCUUUUAUUCUGCAUAAUUCUACAACAACAACAAUAAUAUUAAUAAUAAUUACAAUAAUAAUAGUAGUAAAAGUGGUGGUAAUUGCACUCCAUGAUGAACUCUGAAAAGUGUAAAAUGAUUCGUAAAAACGCAAAAAAAAAAAAAAAGAAAAAAGACUUAUCAACUCAAAAUGAAUUAAAAAAAAAAAAAAAAAGUACAUCCACCGUUGGUUUUCCUGUGAACUUCAAUCUUUUGGCUCUGUCCAUAUCCGAACAACAUAACCCCAUCCUUUCCCAAACUUUCUUGAGGAGUUAAGUAUUUCAGAAGACGCAAAAACACGCAAAAACGCACACAUUCUCCUUGUUCUAUUUCUCCUCUGCGCAGCCCUUUGCCCACCGAGAGGAAAAAACCCUCUGCAAACUGAUGGUCUCUCCAAGAUUACCCUAUCAGGUGCAAACCGCUGACAUGUUUCCACCCACCAACAACAAAAAACCCUCUCUGUGCCCAAAUCUCAAGCCGCAGACGCACAAACACCACUGACAGGCACUGCUGCGCCAUCAUCAACCCCCAAACCUCUCCAGGGAUCCGCUGCCGCUGCUGCGAUUUCCACACCACUUUUUUGUUGUUGUUGUUGUUGUUGUUAUUGAAAAUCUAACUUUUUGUUAAAAAAAAAAAAUGCUUGGAUAAGAUUGUUACCCGGCUUGUUUUAGUGGAAGGGCGUUUAUCAUCCAUCGUUUUCCCCUUUUUACCAGCAGCACUUGGUAGAAUAAAAUGAUCCAUGCAAGGUGUAGAAAUCCCCCGCAGGUACGGACGGAGCUGAAGAGGCUGUGAUCUGUGGAGCAGAAGGGUUUAAAACUGGGGGACGACUUGGUUAAUAGGUGCGCAAAACUCGAAGGAUAUUUUUUAAACGAGGGUUUUUCUUUUUCUUUUUUUUUUUUUUUCUUGGAAAAGCCGAGUACUGAUUUUUUUUUUCCCGUUUGGCACCAAUUUACGGAGACGAUUCUGGAUUUCGGGGAGCGGAGGAGACUGAGUGAAAAAAAAGGAGCUGAGAUCAAAAAUAAUCUGGAUAAUUCCCCCUUAACAAGGAAGCGCCUGAUGUUGCACUCCGUGACUCUGCUGCUCUCCGGUGAUCUAUCCUUACACUGGGAUUCAAUCUCCUACUUACCCACGGAGUUGUGUGCGUAAAAGGACGCGCAGGGGAGCGAGAUCAACAGAGAGGGGGGCGAUUUCGCCAACCUUUCCUGGGGCUCUAAAUCUGUGGAAGCAGGUGUAUUUCAGGUGUAUUUCUGCGAGUCAAGAUGUCUCUGCUGCCUUCGAGGUUCCUAUACCUGUGUUUACAUUUUCUGGUUCUCUAUUUCCAGCUACAGGAAUCUCAGCAGAGCUCUGCUGAUUUCAGGUUUUACAUUGAGAACCACACGAGGAACCCAGACGACCUGAGCCGGAAACAGGUUCGGAUCUACCAGCUGUACAGCAGAACCACAGGAAAGCAUGUCCAGAUCUUGGGGAAGAAAAUCAACGCCAAUGGAGAUGAUGGGGGCAAGUAUGCUCUUCUUGUUGUUGAGACAGAAACCUUCGGAAGCCACAUUCGAAUAAAAGGAAAAGAGAGCGAACAUUACAUUUGCAUGAACGAGAAGGGCAAAAUAGUAGGAAGGCCCGACGGAAGGAAGCAAGAGUGCGUCUUUGUCGAGGAAUUCCUGGAGAACAACUACACAGCUCUAGUGUCGGCCAAGUACAAAGGAUGGUACCUGGGCUUCAAUCGGAAGGGUCGGCCCAAGAAAGGCUCGCGGACCACGCAACGGCAACAGGAAGUCCACUUCAUGAAGCGCCACCCGAAGGGCAGGGCGGACCCACUUGAGGAGUUCCGUUUCACCCCAGUAACUAAGAGGACACGAAGGGCUCGGCGAUUAAAACCCAACGCCAAGAGGAACUGAUGGGACCAAUGGGACAGCACUAAUUUUUCCUUUUGAGGGAAAAUAAAUAAAUAAACUGUAACUAAGAAUCUCAAGCCUCUUGUCUUAAAAGAAUCACCUUAAAGACUUCACCUCUGUAUAAGAACGACAGACUUAAAGAACAAAAGUCAAAGAUGUUUUAUUUUUGUAUUUCAGGAUGACUGAAUAUUUCCUAACUCUUGGAUUCUUCUGGGUUGAUGUCAUUGUGCUAACGUGUGUGUUAUGUUAUUUAUACUGGAUAAACUAAAGGACCUCUGUCACCGUCGUCCUCAGCUCCAUUUGAACUGCACGCUGAAGGCUUACUUUCUGUUUUUUUGACAAUGGGGACUGAAGCAGGAGCUGACGCAAUGUUAUAAAAAUCAGCCAACUAGAGAUUUAUUGGAAUACCUGUCGGUUUUUGUUUGUGUUGCCCCUGACAACGCGGAUCCCAUACUUUCCACUGGAAUCAGACACCAUGGAGAUGAAACAGAGAGAGGUGGCAGUCGCAGGUGACACUGCCCUGCCGGGAUAACUGUGUAGCUUUGAGUGCAAUAUUUUACAGGUCUCUCUCUCUCUUUCUCUCUCUCUCUCUCUUUUCUCUUUCUCUUUUUUUUUUUCCACACGUCUCUCAACCUCAGCUUCACUACGUGGAUGGAAUGCGCUGAACCCUGCGAGUACUGUGAUUUCCUUGACAUUUCUAUGCAGCUUGUGAUUCAGCUAAAACACGACAUGCUUUGACUAGUCGGGCAGCAGCCGUGGCUUUAGUCUUGUUUAAACACUCCAAAAAACAAAACAAAAACAUAACAGCUGAGUUUGAUGUGAUUCAUAAUUCCACACUGUCUUCCAACUUCAUCAUAUUUGGGAGACAGAUGUUAAUCCCUUUUCGCCUCCCUUCGGUAAAUGAAUCACUACCGGACACGUUUUCAAUCUUCUUGUUGCACCACUAAAGAAAGUUUGAGCUACAUAAUAUAUUGGGGUUGGUGAUGAAGACUUCUUCUACCUCCUUGUUCUUUUUUUUUUUUGUUUAUCUGUCAUCACUAAGCUCUUCUCUAUACAUUUUUUCCCCCUAAACUCAUCUUUACAUCUUCACUUUCUUCACUCAUGUUUUGAAGAUGCUAUUGGGAAAGCUUAUCCUUGUACUUAUUCGCCUGAUCAGUCAUUCACAGACAGGAACGCUGUGGCUUAUCCACCUCUGAUCACUUCCUAAAAAUCCACAUUUGUCAACCCUUUCUUCUCCCUCACCUCCAAAAA